CACUUCAGACAAAACCAUAUUUGACUUUUUCAGUGUAGUAAUCAUUGGACUUUAUUCAGUGAUAUAUGACAUUUUCAAUCAUCUUCUGUCCUCGUUCUGUUAUAUGAGGUGUGAGCACUGAUCCUGACAACUGUGAAUUACAGAGCCGUUGCAUGACUUCAUCUGUCACACACACACACACACACACACACACACAGACACACUGGCCAGACCUCUGUGUGUGUGUGUGAGUUUGUAUGUUUCGUGGAGUUUCCUGGACCCAGCUCCUGCCUCCCCUCCGUCUCUGUGGGUUCGAUUCCCUCAGGAGGACCAGGUGAGGGCGCCGGUUCAUUUAUCUUCCGAGAGCCUUCAUGUAAAUGAGCCGCUGCUCUACGUCAUCACUUUGGCCGCGUGUUGCCCAAUCAGUGCCGGAGGUUUUUGACCGAGGCGUCAGUGAACAGAGGAGAAAAGAAGUUUGACUGACGCUCCUGUGACGUCAUCAGCCACAGAAGUUCGGUUUAUAAUGAACAUUUACCGAGACUGACUCUUCUUUUUUCCCAUGCUCCUUUGGGGCUCCGUACGGUUUGACCACAGACAGUCUUUUGGAUGUAACCGAACUCCAGUUCAACUUGUCAUAGCUGUAAAGCUCCAGCAGGGGUCGCCAAUACUGCAGGCAGCCCAGCAGCAACAUGUGGUGUGAGACCAGGGGUGAGGACCAGGGGUGAGGACCAGGGGUGAGGACCAGGGUCCGCCUGAACCUGGGAUCUGAAGGACACGACUAGAAGAAGAAAGAGAGUAAAGAAGACCACCGUAGACCACCGUCGACCACCGUAGACCACCGUAGACCACCGUCGACCACCGUAGAGCCCUGAAAAGAGAGUCCACAGUCAUGGGUUCUCUUCUCCACUGAACCACCGUGCUGUCGUUGACCUCAUGUCCAUCACAGUGACCUCCGGUCUUGGCUGCGGCCGCAGACUGCUGUGGUCAGUCUUCUGGACUCUGGUCGUGGCUGAAGGUUCUACACUGGACCUGCAGAACAACAGAACCCGGUCGGUGGAAGAGAACUGGACCAGCAGUACCACGGAACUGCAGCCCAACCUGCGGACUGAGGCCCCGACCCAGGGCACCUCCAUGACCGCCACAGGUCCGUCCUGUGACCCGGUCCAGCCCCCGCGUCGGGGCUCCUUCUUCGUGGACCGUGGGACGGGUGCGUCCGUGGGCAGCGUGCUGACCUUCUGGUGCAGGGAGGGGUACCAGCUGGUGGGCUCGGACCAGGUGCACUGCUCCAUCAGAACAGGGAGACCAGAGUGGAGCCCCCCCCCACCCGUCUGUGAAGCCUCAGCCCGACCGUGGGACCGCGGUCUGAGGGCGGCCGUCCUGGUGUCGGUGGUCAGUGGGGGGGUCAUCCUCGCCAUGACGCUGUCCUUCAUCAUCUGCUGUCUCCAAGAACGCUGCAGGAAGGAGGGGCGGGGCAGACGUAGAGAACCCUACUCCACCUGUGGAACCCAGUGCUGGCUGGACAGAGGGGAGGGGGGGGAGUCGGACCUCCAACCUCCAAAGAUCUUCCACCUGUCUCAGAGGAUGAACCCCCAUCUGGCUCCUGACAGCGCCCUCUACCUGACUGGGGGUCAGAGUGCAUAUGAGAACAGAGGCUACCAGAGGUAAAUGUGAUCGCAGCGCCACACGGUGGCAGUGUGGUUCCUGUGCAGCAGGGGUCAGAGAGAUCAGAGAGGUCAGAGAGGUCAGAGAGGUCAGAGAGGUCAGAGGUCACUGCCAGACUGUUUUACAGCAGUUGU